GGAAAAAACCGCGACAGCGCCGUUAGCAUUGAACAGAGUAGAAGCACUUAUCGGGAGCGCAGUGCAUUAUUAUUAUUGCUACUAUCGGAAGGAAAUCAAAGUAGAAGAGAGCCAUGCGGGCCACACCCCAUUACCCUCCCGCGCAGCCCAACACCUCGGCCCGGACAGACUACUACAACGCAUACGCCUGCGAUGGCGCUUCGCAGGACGACGCGGUGGCGUACGCUGACGACGACUACAACCGAAACGCGGUGGAUCCUACGAGCCGUCGGCAUCACUCUUCCGUAAACGCCGCACCGCGAGUAAGCCACAGUUCCCAGACCUCUCUUCCUGCUCCGCUACCACCGCCGCAGCAGCAGCAGAUACGACCAUCGCAGCAGAGUCCCUACUAUUCCCCACCACAGCAGCAGCAGCAGCAGCAGCAGCGGCAGCGGCAGUCACCGCGCGCCACGCCACACCAGGCACAGCACAUGGACGAUGACGGUGCUGUCAACUCGGCAGUGUACACCAUGCAGGACACGUACACGGACACGCAGACGCACGAAACGGACUACGGGGGCGUGUUGACGAUUCGCACGACAACCGUGACGCGCACCAUCGCGGAGCGUCUGGUCCGAAGCGACGAGGACGACAGCAGUAGCGAAGACGAUGGAGAGCCACAGGUGGCGCGGCAGUACCGUGAGGAUGCGUAG